UUUCAUUGACAGCUGGCUGACCGUUUCAUCUCAGGAGGGGGGGGGCAGGACACUUGUAAUUUUGAUUGGGUGUAAAUUCAGACCUGUUCAACCAAAUGACCAAUCACCUUUGUGUUCUUCUAUUAUUGACCCUUGGUGAACCACCGGUAGAUCACCAGCAACAUGUUGGAGACACCUGGACUAGUUCUAUUUUUAGAACAGACCUGAGAACAACUCACGUGGUUCUUGCGGGCGACCUGGUGCCCACGGGCACUGUGUUGAACGUCUACUCACACUGAGAUUAACAUCAGGACAUAACUGACAGACAUUCCCAACUAAGCUCCUCCCACUGGUGCUGGGUGGAACUGUGGGACCAGGUGAGCUUCUGUUCCAUUCCAGGGCAACAGUUCACCUGAGACACACCAACACUUGGACUCUUCCAUCAGCCUUCCACAGAUUCAGGAAAUCCCCUCUGAUGUCUGACUGGGACAAUCAUGUGAGCUGAAGUGGUCCAGACCAGGAGUGAAUUUCACUGGACCAUUGGAGACAUUUCCAUCACAGCGUCAUGAACACAUGUUUGUUUUAUGGUUAAUGUGGAUUCAGCAGAAUGGAUCAGUAUGAGGACAGAGAGGAGGGAGCCCCUCCCUCAAAGACCACCAACAGGACCCCCCUAGGACCUGGACCCGACAGACUCCCCAAAGCUCAGAGACAUGGACCUGGACCUGGACCAGGACCAAGCUGUGUGUCCGUGAACAGUGAUGACUCCAUGGGUGUUCCACAGACUCAAGCGGAGCAGCAGAGCUCAGAGGUUCCCAGUGGUCUACAGGAUCAGACUCAGCUGGACUCCACAUUUGAGGAAACACAGAAGGCAUCACUUAAAGAAAGUCUGUUGAAAAUUCUGAAGCAUUUGAUCCAUGAUGAGUUUAAAGAGUUCAAGUGGUUCUUGACCAUUGAAGAACUACCCAUCCCAGUCAGUCGACUGGAGAACGCAGAGCGGACGGACACAGUGGAUCUGAUGGUCCAGACCUACUACACAGAUACUCAGAGAGUCGCUGUAAGGGUUCUGGAGAAGAUGAACAGGACUGAUCUGGUGAAGAAACUUUCAAAAGACAUCCCAGUAUCUAAAGUGACGGGUGGCGGAGGACUGGGUGAAAGGAAGGGUCAGCAGUCCGUGUCGCAGGCUGAGCUGGAGCGACAGCAGAUCCUUAAUGAGAUGAAAAAGAAGACGCUGCUGCUGACUGACAGCAGCUGGAUCUGCCAACGUUCCACUAACACCAUCACCAGCAAGGAGGCAGACAUACCCCCCAUGCGCAGAGGCGAGUCUCUUGACAACCUGGAUUCCUCCUACAACUCCUGGCGAUCAUCGUGGACACCCAGAAGUAGCUCUUAUUGCCAAAACUACUCACGUCCUCAUUCUGCCCUCUCUGGCAGCACUUCUUUUCAUGGUGGUUGGUCAGGAGCACGACACAGCUCCUCCACUCUGCCGUCCUCAUCCUCUAUGGGCUCCCUGCGAGGUGGGGCAGGAACCCCCUCAUCCCCUUGGUCGAGGCAAACGCCCUCCCCUUCACCUUCUUCACCGUCACCCACCACCUCCCCAGAGCCCAGGUCUGAUCCACCUCAACAGCAGAGCAGGUCAGUGAGUGGCAAGAAAAUCUGUACGUUCUGUGACACCCCACUGGGAAAGGGAGCAGCCAUGAUCGUUGAGUCCCUUGGGCUCAGUUAUCAUUUGAGCUGCUUUAAGUGUAUUGAUUGUAAGUCAGACCUGGGAGGAUCAGAAGCUGGUGCUGAAAUCAGAAUACGAAAUAAACAACUCUACUGUAACUCCUGCUACAUGCGGUUUAAAACCGGCCAACCAACCGCUAAGUGAUGUGACUGUACUCCAGCAAACUGAUGAAGAGAGUACUUGUGACAACAACCCAUGAGGUCAUAGCAAAUAGCACAGACAUUGUGCAACGUUGGACAUGCACAUUCACAUGAUGCAUAUUCCUUUUGACAGUGUGAUCAAAACGAUGAGCUUGCUAAGAAAUAUCUACUUUAUUGUUAUAUUAAGUAUUACAGUUGUACAAAGUGGGGUUUCUGCAUGCGCAAGAGGUUUUCACUGUUUUAGCCAUGAAACUAGUCUAUAAGAUUAUGGAGGCAGAUCUUUUUAAUGACACAUUUUAGACAGAGACAGAUUUUAAAGAGAUGGAUUAUUUUAGUUUUUGAGGAACCCUGCAGGAUCAUCAUCUCUUGUUCAUGAUUCUUCCCCGCUGAGUCUUGUGGUAUUAAUGUUUGUCAAGCAAGGUUUUCUUAUCAUGUUUAUGUGCCUUUUUGUUUGUAACGGGGAAAAAA